AUGGUCGCGAGAAAUUUGAAGCUUUUGAUAUUUGCGUCCCUUUUAAUAUGGAUCACAAUUACCCUUCUUGUGACCUUUACACCAUCUUCGGAUGAAAAAACCACCGAAACGAAUUCCGAUCUUUUAAAAGUUUUUACAAAUUCUACAGAAGUAAAGGUCACAAAAAUAGAAACGGUUUCAUCAUCAUCAGUCAGUAAAGAAAUUGAUAGCACGUAUUCUGACAUACUGGAUGCGCAAAUAAAUAAGAAAUAUUGCGAGAUCGAAUCAAAAAAUGGAUGCCGAUUUCUGUUCGCCUACUGUUUGCCGGAACAAGAGACCUCUAGCAAUAGGCACUUCAUCACAUAUACACGAAUAGCUCGAAAAUUAAAUCGCACAAUGGUGUUGACCAACGUCGGUCAGUCUAGGAUUCGGUCGGAUCGUAUGCUUCCUUUUAGCUUUUAUUAUGAUAUCGAUGCCCUUCGAAAAAAUUUUCCAGAUGUAAAAUUCAUCACACAAGAAGAUUUUAGGAAAUGGACUAAGGAGAGGCAUAAUAAACCAGGUGUUGUCCAUGCGAGAAUUGAAAGAUUGGAACCAAAGAAUACUGCCGACCUUGUUAAGCCUGACCUUAAAGUACUUAAGGACAUGCGUAAAUUUGAUUUCAAGUUCAACAAUUCCACCUCAUUUUUACAACUUAACGUCGGAGACUAUGGUUCUUGGGCAUCAGGAAAAGGCAACAAAAAGAUGUUGAGAUUUCUAAUUAAUACGCUAAAUUCAAAAAAAACAGAGGAGGUGAUGCUAAUAGUUCACGAUCGAAAGACUCUUUUUAAAAUAAAAGACCCAAUCCCUUAUGCAAAGCAUUUGGUUAAUGCAGCGGAGAAAAUCAUAAAUGGACUAGGUGAAUAUAUUGCAAUUCAUUGGCGGAUGGAGGGGGGCGAAGUUGCACUGAUGCCAAAAUGUACAGAGCAAUUGGUGACUUACCUCAAGGACUUAACUUCGAAAACUGGUAUCAAUAAUAUUUAUUUUGCUACCGAUUAUCCAUUAUCGCAGAGACCACAAUCCGACACAUUUCAUAAAUUAAGUAAUAAACAUCAUCAGGCGGUGAAGAUGCUAAAUUCAUCGUUUUAUUUAAAUACAUGGGUAUCGACUCAUUCGUUAGAUUAUUUAAAAGAAUAUACCGCUUUGUCAGGGCCAUUGGAAGAUGAAUUAAUAGGGGGUGGGCUACAGGGGAUUUUAGAUAAGCUGGUAUUGAUAAAAGGAAGUUACUUUAUCAGUGGUCCAAAAGGAUGCUGUAGGACCGUUAGCAAAUAUACCCGGAGAGUUGCGGAUGAGAGAAAAAAAUUAAUUGGUAAAGGCGUGAAGAGAAUUAAAAAUAUUGUCGAUCGGUGGAAAAUUUAA